GCGGAGCCGCCGGGGGGAAUCCUGGAGGCCGGGGAGGGGGUUUCCAGAGGCCAUAAAAGCCACCCCCGGGGACGCAUGGCUAGGCAGGGCCGGGCACUAGCCGGGCUUGCUGACCUCCUUUGCCCCCGCGGCGGCCGGGCGGGGCUGCCUUGGGCCACUCGCCCUAAUCGCCCCCGCCGGCUGCUCGUGCGCUCCAGCUGAUGCGCCCAAGCCGGUGCGUUUUUACGCACGGGCGGGCGAGCGAGCGACCCCGACGCGUUUUUGCGCACGACCGGGAGGCUCCGCUCUCGGGCUGCGCGGUUUGGGAAGGCAGUGGGGUCCCGAUCCGCGACCAUGGGCGACCCCGAGCCGCUGUCCCUGCGCGCCCGCCUCAGUUACUCCGUGGGCCACUUCCUGAACGACCUGUGCGCCUCCAUGUGGUUCACGUACCUGCUGGUCUAUUUCCACUCCGUCUUGGGCUACAGCACCCGCCACGCGGGGGUGCUCCUGCUGGCCGGGCAAGUGGCCGACGGCGUGUGCACGCCCUUGGUGGGCUACGAGGCGGAUCAGGCCGGCGGCUGCGGACGCUACGGCCGGAGGAAGUCCUGGCACCUGGCAGGUAAGCCUCGAGUUUUGCUCUCUCUCCCNUUCAUUUUUAACCCCUGCUUCGCCUGUUCGGAGAAGACCCCCGAGUGGGCUGCCCUGGUCUACUUCAUUCCGUUCAUCAUCAUCUUCCAGUUCGGGUGGGCGGCCACCCAGAUCUCCCACCUCUCCCUCAUCCCCGAGCUGGUCUCCAGCGACCACGAGAAAGUGGAGCUGACGGCUUUCAGGUAUGCGUUCACCGUCGUGGCCAACAUCACAGUGUACGGAGUGGCCUGGCUUCUCCUGCACUUGGAGGCGGGCCACGCGGGCCGGCAGGACCACGCCGAGCACCUCGGGCACCACGACAUCCCUGUCUUUCGGAACCUUUCCUUGAUCGUGGUGGGGGUGGGGGCCGUCUUUUCGCUCGUCUUCCAUCUCGGCACCGAGGAGAAAUCCCAGCCGUCGGCCGGGAUCCCGGACUCCGAGGAACGCACCCCGCUGUUGCCUCCUCCAGGGGAUACUAGGGGCCGCAUCCAGCCUCUCCUCCUUUGGAAACACUGGCUUUUGGAACCCGCUUUUUACCAGGUGGCGAUGCUGUACAUGUCCACUCGUCUCAUCGUAAAUCUCUCCCAGACCUACAUAGCAAAUUACCUAACCAACUCCUUGUUUCUACCAAAGAAAUACAUCGCCUCCAUUCCCCUGGUGGUCUACGUCAGCGGCUUCCUCUCCUCCUUCUUGAUGAAAAGCGUCAACCGGAUUGUCGGCAGAAACCUCACCUAUUUCCUUGGCUUGCUGAUCGUCUUGGUCUUUUCCGCCUGGGUGGCCUUGGCUGACCGGAUCGGGGUGGAGAUUUAUGGGGCGGCGGUUCUCCUUGGGGCCGGCUCGGCCACGAUCCUGGUGACGUCCCUCUCCAUGACGGCGGACCUCAUUGGCACCAACACACACAGCGGCGCCUUCGUUUACGGGGCCAUGAGCUUCACAGAUAAACUUGCGAACGGGGUGGCCGUCAUGGUGAUCCAGAACCUACACCCUUGCCCGACUCAGCUGUGCUGCUCUAGCUGUGUGGCGUUCUAUCACUGGGUGAUGGUGGCGGUGACGGGCGGCGUGGCCGCCGUGGCCACCCUGUGCCUCUGUUGCAUCAUGAUAUGGCCGAUCCGCAUUCGGUUCCAUGGCAUCAGCGUGACAGGACUGGCGGGGGACGGAUCCGGGCAGCUCCGAAGGUCCCCGGAAGGCGAGCGUUCCAGCGGGGUCAACUGAUGUGCGGAGGAGCGAGGAGAAAACCAAAAAGGAAAGGAAGAAAAAGGGAUGGAUGGGGGGGGCAUCGGAGACCCCCGCCCAAAAUGGGCUGUCCAUGAGCCAAGCGGGUUUUUCCCUGUUACUCUUUCCUGCAGACUUGAAUACUAAUAGUUUCGCUCCCACCUUGACCACAAGGCGUAUUUUGCACAAAACUUCCUUCUUGUUUCCUGAUGGAAACUGGUCUCUUGGCCCUUCCUUCCUUCCAUCAUCAGCUCCUACCUUCCUUCCUUCCAUCAUCCCUUCCUUCCACCCCCUCUAACACCCAAGUUCGUAGACUUCAUUGCCCCCUCCUUUCUUAACCCCAUGACCAUGGACGGAUCAGGGCCUCUUUUUUCUCUACAGGCCAUGUAAAAAAUUAUAAAUGAAAGUGUUUGUUUUUUUAUUUAUUAAAGAAAAAUUAAACCCUUGUAAGAAAAGAGGAA